AGAGCGUGCGCGACGGUGUUUGCGCGUGUGAAUGAGUAUUAUGUGUAAGUGUACGCUGCGGGGUGGGAGGGGGUAUUGUAGUAUCGCGGGGAACGUGCGCACCGCAGCUGUGUGUGUGAAUGUGUGUGUGUGUGAGUGUGUGUGUGGUGUGUGUGUGUGUGUGUGUGACACUGAUGGAUGCGCCAAUGGAAAGACGGACAGAUGCUUGGGCGGAUCUAACGGCAUGCAGUGGUGGAGCGGCGCACACAGUCGCGGCGAGAUUAGGAAGAAAACAUCCUCGUAUCGGCGGAGAGUCACAAAUCAUCAAUCCUUCCCCACCGAGCCCCGGUGAACGGAUGAGGAACGGACAGACUCCCCCGGUUUUACCACGAGAAGCGACAACCAAGAGGACGGCUGAGGAGAUCUGAUUCCCUCGGCGGAUCGAGAAAAGAAAGCGGUUUCUCUGCUUAUUGACGAGCGUGAGAGACGAGGCGCAGCCAGCACCACAUCUGGCGCAAAGGGGAAGACAGGAAGAGAGAGAAAGAGAGAAAGACAGCCUUCGCCAACUCACCCCCUUUUUUUUGCUCUCCCUUGAUCAACCACCAAGCUUCUUUUAUCCUUAUCCCGCCUUGUGAAGCUGCUCGUCCCAACCUGAGGAUUGCCUGAAAAAUACAGGAGAAUAUUUUUUACCCGCUUCACCAACUCAGCUGAAUCCACAUUAAAAAAAAAAAAACUUUUAUCACUCACUUUAAGGUGAGAAAGGGACCAUCGGACUCUCAAGAAAAAUCUGAACAACUACCAUAACAACUGAGGAGGAUUUUUGAACUUACCUGUAAAGAAAAAAAAAAGUACUUAUUCCAUUCAAGGACAGCGCUCUGAGAGGCUUUUUGCGCCUCUCCGGUGACUUGAGGCGCCGCUGGAAGGAGAGCGGAGCGCAUGUGUGUGACUCGCUGCGUGGCUGAUUUAAAUAGUUCCUAUCAGGCCACGUAAAGGGGAGAAAAGUACCAACAGCAGCCAACAAAGUGUUUGGCAGAAAGGCGCUUGAGCUGGGCUGAUCCGUGCGCUCCAGCCAGCCCAGCCUGCAUGCAUGGGAGCAGCCUGAGCCCGUCCCUCCUCCUCCUCCUCCUUUCUGCUGUACAUUAUUACAACAAGGGAGACCCAAUCAAGCACGUAUCUCAUCGAUUCACGCACACACAGACACGCAUACACUCACGCGCAGUACCACUAACACGCACACGCGCACACACACACACACACACAUACACGCGUACUGAGUGUGUGACUUGCCCCUCAGCGGAUUUUUCCAAAACGCUCUCGGACAAAAAUCUCGUAGCCGCGCCAGGCAGGCAAGGGCAGCGUGUGGGCGACCAGUCCCGGUCGUCACCUCCUUCUUCUUCUCCUCCUCUCCUUCCUCCUUCCUCCUCCUCCUCUUUCCUCCUCCGCUGUCGGUCCCAAGAAUAACAAACUGAAAAAGCUGCAUGUUUUUUUCUUCUUCUUGCUCACCCCCUAACUGGACUUGCCAAGGGGGCGAUUUGGAUUUUUUAUGAGAUGGUUUCAGGCACGUUUCAGCUGCUUCACCUCUUGGCUUUGAAUCGUGCUUGAUUCCCGGGCGAAGGGGGAGACGCGAAACCUCAUGGAUCACCCCGUGAACUUGCCUGUUGCAGCCGCCGACGCCGAGUAGCGAGGAUCAGACGGAGGCACGAGGCGCUUUUCAAACCUCCCUUCUUGUGUUUUUUUUCUACCGCGGAGCACCCCCCUUCUGUUCCUGCUACCCAAACGCGUCCAUCCAAAGCCGGAGCGGGCGACACAGCGACCGACGGGGAGAGAGCAGCAAACCGGGGGUUCAUUCCCCCCUCCCCAUUCCUUUUAUUUAUUUUUUUUACUAUCCUCGCAUCUGCUGGCUCUUUUUCUUCUGAUUCGAAAACUGCACACCCUCCUCUGCUUUCACCCACCCGCCUCGAUCUAUGUGGGAGCCCUGAGAGCGCACCCAGGGGGGGAAACUGUGUAUCAAAGCCUUGAGGAUCCCCUAGGCAACCUCGGAUCACCGGGGCCACAGAAGAACUCCCAGCCGGACCCCCGCUGCCGACAUGCCGCGGAGGAAGCAGGAAGCGCCCCGGCGCGCCUCAGCGUAUGUCCCUGAAGAUGAGAAGGAAGCCGCCCUGUUGGAUGAGGAUCUGGAUGGCGAUGACUCGGGUCACGAAGGUGAAGAGCCUGCAGCCAAGUUCCUAUGUCAGGACAAGGACUUUCUCCUCAAGGACAGGCCAGGAUCCACUGGCUUCCAUGACUCCCCAAACGCUGCGGACUUUUCCGGUCAGGAACUGGACAGUGAGUCUCACCUGAGUGAAUCCAGUGACAGAAUGUCUGACUUUGAGAGCUCCUCUCUUAAAAAUGAGGACGAUGUCCUCCUCUCUAAAGACCCCUCCAAUGUCCUUUCCUUGUCUUCCUCAACUGCAAUGAUGGCGGCCGCCAAUGUCGCUGUCCCGGUAAGUGGAGACGAGGCCGUAUUAGCGACGACAGGGUCUGUGGCUGACAGCCUGGAGAAGAUGAAGGCCAUUUACACCUCCUUCCUGACCAACUCCUAUUGGUCCACACUCAAUCUGAACCUGAGCCAGCCCCCUGCAGAAAAACCCCCUCGUAGUCACAGUAGCAGCAGUAGUAGCAGCAGUAGCAGUAGCUGUGGAAGUGGAGGCUAUGACUGGCACCAGACAGCUAUGGCUAAAACCCUGCAGCAGGCCUCACAGAACCACCACCACAGACUGAGCAUGGUUCAACACCCCACAAUUGCAGUAUCCACAGCGUCGACAGAGCCAAACCUCUUUAGUACUGUCCAACUUUACCGGCAGAGCUCCAAGCUGUAUGGCUCUAUAUUCACUGGCGCCAGCAAAUUCCGCUGCAAGGACUGCAGUGCGGCCUAUGAUACACUGGUGGGGCUCACGGUACACAUGAAUGAGACAGGCCACUACCGCGAUGAUAACCACGAGACAGAUAGCGAGGGUACCAAACGGUGGUCGAAACCCAGAAAGCGUUCCUUACUGGAGAUGGAGGGGAAGGAGGAUGCACAGAAAGUUCUGAAAUGUAUGUACUGCGGCCACUCCUUUGAAUCCCUUCAGGAUCUGAGUGUCCAUAUGAUCAAGACGAAACACUACCAGAAAGUGCCUCUGAAAGAGCCUGUUACACCAGUGGCAGCUAAGAUUAUCUCCUCUGCUCGAAAGAGAGCCCCCAUUGAUCUAGAUAUCCCCAGCUCACCUGACUCUAAUGGAGGGGCCACUCCUAAGCCCACCUCCCUUAAUGACUCUAAUGACAUACUUCAGAAGGUAACCAACCCUUACAUCACACCGAACAACCGCUACGGACACCAGAAUGGUGCCAGUUACGCCUGGCAGUUUGAAUCCAGGAAGUCACAGAUCCUCAAGUGCAUGGAGUGUGGCAGCUCUCAUGACACACUGCAAGAGCUAACCGCUCACAUGAUGGUGACAGGACAUUUUAUCAAAGUCACCAAUUCUGCUAUUAAGAAAGGCAAGCCAAUUAUUGAGCCGUCCACCCCGACCCCUAUACCCAAUAUAACAAUUGAAGAAAAGUUCCAGUCUGUUCCCCUGGCUGCCACAACCUUCUCCCCGCCACCUGCCCCAGUGCCCCCUCCGACCAGCAUCUCCCCUAUUGCCAUGAUAGUGGAUAUAAAAAAGGAGGAGAAGGAGGAGGAAUGUACUAAUGAGUCUAUUAUCAACAAUGGUAAUCUCAACAAGGAGAAGAAGGCAGGAGGUGACGAUGAGGCAGAGGAGAAGUUUGACAUUUCUUCAAAAUACAGUUAUCUGACUGAAGAGGAUCUGGAUGAAAGUCCAAAAGGUGGUCUUGACAUCCUGAAGUCUUUGGAGAACACAGUGACUUCAGCCAUUAACAAAGCCCAGAAUGGAGCUCCUAGCUGGGGCGGUUAUCCCAGUAUCCAUGCAGCCUACCAGCUCCCUAACAUAAUGAAACUCUCUCUGGGUAACUCGGGGAAGGGCUCUCAUCUUAAAUAUCUCUUCCCUGGAGGUGAGAUCCUCUCUCCCACUAGUAAGAGCCAGCCCUUGAUCUCACCGUCCAGCCGCCAGACCUCCCCGCUGCCCAAAAACAACUUUCAUGCAAUGGAGGAACUGGUCAAGAAAGUGACAGAAAAAGUGGCCAAGGUCGAGGAGAAAAUGAGAGAACCCAGCAGUGCUGUGAGGGCAUCUCCGCUGAGAUGUGCCACUCCCUCACCCUGCAACAGCGAGGCAGGGGACUCAGCCCGAGGAGAGUCCCCCAAAGACAACAGAGUGAAAAGCUGUAAAACCCCUGAGAAUUCAAGCAAAGUGGAAAAAGUAGCCGACGAUGGAAGUGGAACCAAUCACAGAGAUUCAAACGGUGACAUUUCCAUAAAGCAGUCCAUGGAGAACGGCGUGGAGUCCAGUGCGGUGACAUCACCCUUGCCUGCCUCCCUGUGUGGCAGUACAGCCAUCAUCACAGACCAUCCACCUCCAGAACAGCCGUUUGUCAACCCUCUCAGUGCACUGCAGUCAGUAAUGAACGUUCACUUGGGGAAGGCUGCGAAGCCUGCCCUGCCCUCCCUCGACCCCAUGAGUAUGCUGUUCAAGAUGAGCAAUAGCUUGGCAGAGAAAGCAGCAGUGGCCGCUUCCACCCCACCAGCACAUACCAAAAAGCCCAGUAAUGACCACUUAGACCGCUAUUUCUACCAGCCACAUCCAAGCAACGAUCAACCCAUUGAUCUCACCAAAGGCAAAAAUGCUGACAAAAACAGCAGCACUGGCUCUUUGGGUUCAACAGCUCUCUCUUCUGCCACCUCCACCCCCUCCUCGAUCUCUCCCUCCGCCACCCUCACUAUGACCAAAGCCUCAGCUGCAGUAGCUUCCUUCAUGUCUACCUCUCCUUUGAGAGAAAACGCACUGUCGGAUAUCUCUGACAUGUUGAGGAAUCUGACAGAGAGUCAGGCUGUCUCUAAAUCCUCCACGCCUACCAGCUUCUCCGAGCGCUCCGAGAUAGAAGGUGUGACACAGGAGGAGAUGGAAGACAUUUCGCCGGCCCAGAAACGCAAAGGGCGUCAGUCGAACUGGAAUCCUCAACACCUCCUCAUCCUACAAGCCCAGUUUGCUUCCAGUCUACGACAAACGAGCGACGGAAAGUACGUGAUGUCGGACCUGAGCCCUCAAGAGAGGAUGCACAUCUCCCGUUUCACCGGCCUCUCAAUGACCACAAUAUCACACUGGUUGGCCAAUGUCAAGUACCAGCUGAGGAGAACAGGUGGCACCAAGUUCUUGAAAAACUUGGAUUCAGGUCACCCGGUAUUCUUCUGCAGUGAUUGCGCCUCUCAGAUCCGUUCACCAUCCACCUAUGUCAGCCAUUUGGAAUCCCACUUGGGUUUCCGUCUGCGAGAUCUGGCCAAGCUCUCUGGGGAGCAGCUGCUCAGCCAGAUAUCACAGCAUCACCAUCAACAACGCCACACCAAAGGACUAUCUGAAAAACUGCUCUCGAAUCUUAACCUCUCCGGCCACCCUUUGUCCUCCUCUCUAUCCACAUCCCUACCCCUCUCCCUGACCUCGUCCUUAAUCACCUCUCUGCCCUCGACUAAAUCCCCGUCACCGUCCCCCGACCACGAUGACGACGGCGGGGCCGUGUACCAGUGCAAGCUCUGCAACCGGACUUUUGCGAGCAAGCAUGCGGUCAAGCUUCACCUGAGCAAAACUCAUGGGAAGUCCCCCGAGGACCAUCUCAUGUACGUGAGUGAGCUGGAGAAACAGUAGCACUGGUUGGGGACUAAUGCUGCGCUCUUUUUGUAAUGGCUCACUUUCUUGCUCUGUGUCUUUUUUGCAUUUCACGAACAUUUCUUUCAAAAAAGUGGAAGGGAUUAUUAUUGUGGUGGAACUGCACAAAGAUGCCAUACAACUACUGCUUUCAAUUUUAGCACAUGGUUUUCAAUUUUGUGUAGUAGUCGUUUUUUUUCAUUUGUUUCUAUGUGAGGUUGACUCACUCCUGCCCAAGACGGUUGUUUUAAGUGAUUACCUUUGACAGAAUACAGACUUUUGUCGACGUGUGCAGAGUGUGGACUGUUGUCAUGGGAAAGAGAAAGUAUAUGAAGGUUUAAAAAAUGAGAUUAUUAAAUGAAGUGGUGUGUAUUUUGAAACUUCUGUAAAUGGAAUUUAGGUCCUUUAUAUUUUGGCAUCACGGGUGUGAUAAGAAGCAUGCAUUAAUGAAACUGUUUGGUUAAACAUUUUAUAACUAAAUCUAGUGCACUUUCCAUUUUUAAUGUUUUUUUUUAUUUUAAACCCAUGCUCUCUCUCUAUUUUUUCUCUGUUUUUUUAUUUUUUUCCCGCACUGGAGUCAGCAUUUAAAUUUAACCCUCUGAGUACGUGUAAGCACUUCUACACCUAAGAUAGUUUGGACUUAAUAUUUGGGAAUAAUCUAGAUGGACAAUGUUUGCCAGAUGUUCAGUAUAUUAAGUCUAAUCCUAGAUAUGAAAAAAAAAACAUUUUUCAAAAGACAGAUUUUCUUUUUAUUGCAAGGUUUCCAUCUUGGGCUUGACAUUUGUCCGAGAUGCUUCCAAGACUUUGCAAAAGCAUCGUAGCUUUGUGAUAAAAAAAGGAACAAAAAAAAAGAGAAGUUUGGUCGAUCAGGGACCUAUAUUAAUUCAGGUCUGUGUACAAUAUGUAAAUAAAAAUGUAAGAACUAAUUCCUGUCUAAAUUAUGCAUCAUUUCUAUAUUUUUAAUUUAAAAAGGAUUAUGACUAUCUGCUGGUGCACAGUAUAUGAAGACGUGAAAUAAAUUGUUUUGCACAAUAGUUUUUAUAAAUGUGUUAUUUAAGCGAAAGGAUACGGAGAAAAAAAAAGAUAGGUAGCAAAAGGAUGACAACAGGUGAUUCUUUUUAUCCCACACUCGUGCUCAAAGGGUUAAAGACUGUUUUUACCAGACACUACUCGACAUGUGCCGCUGUAUGAACACUACACAGAUAUUGAAGGUUGUAUAAAAAAAGAUGUGACUUUAUGAAGAUAUUUCACAUGUAAACUGUUAUUUAUAAGCACUCUGGGUUGUUUCAUAUUGUUGAAUGCCUUUUUCAAUUGGUCCUAUGUUUUGUUUUUUUCUUUCUGUUCUGCCUAAUUACUCUGCCAUGAUUCCACACUGCAGCUUUAUCUUUUUGGGGAUAUGAAAGGUAACCAUGGUUACGCUAACCUCCUGAGUGACAAGUUCUGCUACAUGUUGGCAGUUCAUUUGCUGAAGUAACUGACAGCUGCCAGUGUAGAGAAAUAAGAAAAAAAAGAAUCCUUAUGUGUAAAAUAUCGGCAUGUAAACAGCACAGAUACUGUAAUGCAUUCUGUGCCGUUUGUCUUUUUCAUUUCGUUCUCUCGUUUUCGGUUGUUGUUGUUCUUGACAAUGAUCCCCCCCCCCCAUUAUAUGACUUCAUAUAACCUUGUUUUCUACUGCAGCAUUAAAAAAAGGAAACUGUUUUUUGCAAUAA